AUGGAGCGCCGUAGAGUAUCACGUGGAAUGAAACGAUUCACUCGGUGGUUCUGCGCUUCCGGUCUAAAGAACGGCAAGCUCCGCUACCGGUGCUGCUCUGUGAUUACCGUAUUCGCUCUGCUGGUGCUGUGCUACGUCGUUGUUAACCUACUUGUAACGCAUACGUCCAAAGCGGCUUGCCAAAAUAGCUACGAAGUAAUAGAUGUAGUAUAUACGUGGGUGAAUGGAAGUGAUCCUCAGUUUUUGGAGGAGCUCGAUCGCUAUUCUGCGACGCGAGAUAAUGCCCGGUUCGACGACAAAAAUGAACUACGAUAUUCGCUCCGUUCGCUGGAAAAAUUUGCCCCAUGGAUACGUAAUGUGUAUAUAGUAACGAAUGGACAGGUACCGUGCUGGCUAAAUCUGGAAAAUCCACGUGUCCAAAUCGUACCGCAUGCUGACAUUGCGGAUGAGGACACGGUACUGCCCACGUUUUCCAGUCCCAGUAUCGAAACGUUCAUACACCGCAUACCGGGACUGUCGAGUCGGUUUCUUUAUCUAAACGAUGACUUGUUCCUCGGCGCACCACUGCAGCCGGACGAUCUGCAAACGCUCGCGGAAGGUGUGAAAGUUUUCACAGCCUGGAUCCUUCCGGAUUGUGCGCCCGACUGUCCAUGGAUGUUCGUGGGUGAUGGAUCGUGCGAUCGUGACUGCUAUGUAGAGGAGUGUCAGUUCGACGGUGGUGACUGUGAUCAUCCGGACUACAAAGCGGAACGCGAACGUCCGCAUCAACUGCACGACUACGAAGAUGUGUCCGCUCCUGAAGAUGGGAGAGAACCGAUCGAGGUAGAGCACGACCAAAUGUUCAUCGAUGUUCCGAAAAUGUUUCCCCGCAUUCCGCCCGGCCAUGUUCGAAACUCGGAUAACAUUCGUGAUAUUCACGAAAUGUUUCGAAUGAAAAAUAGUAACGGGAGCACUUCCACGCGCCAACUUGUCGACCGGUACAAUAAAGAAAAGAUGAAAUUAAAGAAACGCCAGGCAAAACUUCGUAGCCAGGCUCGCGGGCAUCAUCGUUCAGCGGAACAACAAGGCCCACUGGGGCAGAAUCGUACGGCCGGCAUUAAACCGCAGGAAGGACAGUUGCUCUCGAUCGGUGCCACUAAUUCACAGGACAUGUUUGGACACUCGUUGAUCCACACCAACCGGGUGUUUAAUCGAGCGUAUGGCUUCCACAAUCGUAAGGUGCUGGCGCACGUUGGCUUCCUGCUGGAAGUCCAAAUUAUCGAACGAAUGCUGGAGCGCUUCUCGGACGAGUUUCUCGUUACUAAACGGCACCGAUUUCGGGCGAAAGACGAUAUGCAGUAUGCGUUCAGCUACUAUCAUUUCCUGAUGAGCGAAUACACCAACAAAACUGCUGGGGAGAUCUUUGACGACUUCGAUACGGAUGCAUCUGGUACUUGGUCGGACCGCGAAAUUCGAACGCUUCUGACAAAGGUGUACAACCUUCCGCUUGAUUGGUCGGCCGUUCGGUACUUCGAGGAAGUCGUCACCAACUGUUCCCUACGGCAAAAUAAUUUUCUUCCACUGGAACACCAGCAAGAACAGCGCCAGACGUAUCCCACCUUGGUAUACGAGCGCUACGAGGAUUCCACAAUUCCAACGGUAACGAAAGCAAUGGUGGUGGCCUGUUCCGAGCUUGCCGAUAUGAUGAUAAUCAACUUCGGGAAGGUACCGCGCUAUCGGUAUCACGUAUGCCCCAAAACGGGAAUGUACAGCAACUUCAAGAUGCUUACCUCCAACAUCACACAAGUCGUCGACGCACUCGACGAACUGCGCAAAACACCAAAAAAGUUUAACUGCAUAAACGACAACCUGAGUUACGAUCGGCCAGAAGAGAAUCAGCUCGUCAGAGCGCUGCUGGAGGAUUUCUAUUUAAGUCUCUUCCCGGCACGCAGCAACUUCGAGCUGGAGAGUACGUACCGGAACCGUUUCCAGCGCUACGACGAUUAUCGUUCGUGGCUGUGGCGAAAGACGCUGUUUCGCAAUACGGUCUAUCUGGUUUGUGGCCUAGUGUUUGUCGUCUGUGCACGUCUGCUGUGCUGCCGGCAUAAGGGUAAGUUUGCACGCACCCUGCUUAUGUUGGGAUCAAGAACAGCGGAUUAUAGCAAUAUUUCCUAA